GAGCAGUGUUGUUCCGCGUUUUCUACGGAAGGCUGUUGAAGAUCAGGGCAGUAUUCGGCGUUACAGCCACUAAAUGUGUCGAUGAGGCUUGUACAGGGUUUUAUAUGAUACCAAGAUGCCGGCCGGGUGCUGAUUUCAUGAUCGAAAGAGACAUUAAUCCCCACUGAGACGACAACUAUCUAAAGGGGACCUAAAGUGUCCGGUUUUUCAUGGCUCGGUAAGCGGAUGCAACAAUAUGCCGAUGAUUUUCACAGCAUCUGGCACUAACCCUCGGCUCAGAGUGCGUAUCGUUAGAGAGGAAGCUCACAGAUCCCAAACAUCUAGUCAUCGGAAGAUGACAGACUGAAAGAUCACGUUUCUUUGGCUAUUUUUGUCAGUCGUGUGAAAUUAACAACAUGUGUGAAAUGGAGCCUUUUUCGCCAGUCGAUCGGGUUUGGUGGAUAUAUCAAACCAAGCCUUCAUAUUCAUCUUAAACUGAAAUUUAGCAAAACCGAUUUUACACCGAGGCCUAUGUUUAAAUUGACUCUUCUUAUCGUUAUGUCAAGCAUUUAAAAUUGUCUUUACAUUCAUACUCGGGGCGAGAACACACCAGCCCUGUGCAAUUUAAAUGGAGAAUUCCGUUUGGAUGUUAUUUGUGUUAUUUUAGAAAUCAAUUUUCUUGUUCAGUAGAGUGUUGUUUAGAGCGCAACAUGUAGCCUGUUUCCUGGACGCGCUCUAUGAAAUGAGCAACACUCCAGCGUAGAGCUCCGGGGAUAUUAUCCUCUUAAAACACAGACGCUAUCUACUCAAGGGACACAUUUUUUCUGAACUACAUGCCGUCUUUUCAUAUGGACAGUCAAACCCCAGCCUAGGCUACAUGUCGGUAUUUGGGUUCGUUUUUUCCUUUUCCGCUGGUCAUCAAGAAGUUGGACUAUUGGGACCGGAGCUGCGUGAGAGACCGCAGCCGCGUGAGAGAUUGUACUAUAUGUAGUUUUGAAGGUUGAAUGGAAGGGGCUUUGCCCACUACCGUGCCCCUUCUGCAUUCCACCUUCCCGGUGUUUUUCUUAUGUUACUUUUCGCCAUGGAAACCCCACGUGAACGAUGGCGCCGACUCCAGUGGACCGAGAACGGAGAUAGGAAAUAAACACCAAGGUUUUUUUUUAAAGGAAACAAGGACAUUCAUGUGGCACAUGUGAGCUCAAUUCAGGGACUAUGUUGGCAUUACUGCCCUUAUACCUGGACUGGUGCUUCUGAAGGAAUCGCAUCAGCCGCCAUUUGUACCCUGAGUACUUUAUGGACACAUUUGUACCCUGAGUACUUGAUAGACACUGUGAAGGGAGGUGUUAGGGUUAGAAGUGUGUGGAAGCUUAUGUGUGUUCUGUUCCUCCAGGACAGGCCUCGUCAUGGCCCAGAACCAAAAUGACCAGUCACACAAAACCAGCAUGUAGGAGUGACUGGUCAACACACAACAGGGCCUGACUGUCGGCACGGUUACAGUUAGGGUGAGCCUCUGACAAAUAAACAGAACAGGGGGAUGUUACAAAACAGGCUCUGAAGGUGAUUUUGCUCCUCCAUCAUAAGGUCACCCUAAACAGAGUUGUUGUUGUUUACAAGCCGCAGGUUUGUGUUCACCAUGCCUCGCAACCGGGCCUUCUCAGAGCCGGAGUACUCAGCAGAGUACUCUGCCGACUGCUCGGUGACGCUGCCGUCCGACCCGGGCCAGGCGGUGGGCCGGACGCACGAGGUAACGGUCCGUAGUUCUGGCUGCUGCCUCUGCCUGCCUCGCUUUAUGCGCCUCACCUUUGCCCCCGAGUCUCUGGAGAACCUGUACCAGACAUACUUCCGGCGUCAGCGCCACGAGACCCUGCUGGUGCUGGUGGUGUUCGCCGCGCUCUUCGACUGCUACAUCAUCGUGAUGUGUGCCGUGGUGUACACCGGCGACAAGAUGGCGUCAGUGGCGGUGGCGUCAGUGGGGCUGGCGUCCGACAUCCUGCUCUACGUGCUGUGUCGCUUUGGCCUGCUGCCAGGCCGUGUGACGCGCAGGGUGGUGCCCUACGCCCUGUGGGUGCUGAUUGCUGCGCAGGUGUUUUGCUACCUGGGACUGAACUACAGCCGCUGCCACCAGGCCAGCGACACGGUGGGCUGGCAGGCCUUCUUCAGCUUCUCCUGCUUCCUCACACUGCCACUCAGACUCACACCCAUCGUGCUGAUCACUGCCGUGACCUGCAGCAUUCACACCCUGGUGCUGGGGGUCACCAUCGCACAGCAGCAGCAGGAUCACAUCCAGGAGGGGGCGCUGGGGAGACAGCUCCUGGCUAACCUGGUGAUCUACAUGUGCUCCAUCACUGUGGGAGUCAUGUCUUACUACAUGGCCGACCGCAAGCACCGCAAGGCCUUCCUGGAGGCGCGCCAGUCCCUGGAGGUAAAGCUCAACCUGGAGGAGCAGAGUCAGCAGCAGGAGCGCCUGCUUUUGUCCAUCCUGCCCAAGCACAUCGCAGACGAGAUGCUGCAGGACAUGAAGAAGGAGGCCAGUCAGAAGGAGAUGCAGCAGUUCAACACCAUGUACAUGUACCGCCACCAGAAUGUCAGCAUCCUGUUUGCAGACAUCGUGGGCUUCACCCAGCUCUCCUCCUCCUGCAGCGCCCAGGAGCUGGUCAAGCUGCUCAACGAGCUGUUCGCUCGCUUCGACAAGCUGGCCGCCAAACACCACCAGCUGAGGAUCAAGAUCCUUGGAGACUGUUACUACUGCAUCUGCGGCCUGCCUGAUUACCGUGACGACCACGCCGCAUGCUCCAUCAUGAUGGGACUGGCCAUGGUGGACGCCAUCUCGUAUGUGCGUGAGAAGACCCAGACGCAGGUGGACAUGCGCGUGGGGGUCCACAGUGGCACCGUGCUGGGGGGAGUGCUGGGGCAGAAGAGGUGGCAGUAUGACGUCUGGUCCACCGAUGUCACCGUUGCCAACAAGAUGGAGGCUGGAGGGGUUCCAGGGCGGGUGCACAUCUCGGAGAGCACCAUGCAGUGUCUGCAGGGGGAGUUUGAGGUGGAGCCGGGGGAGGGGGGGGAGAGGUGUGACUACCUGAAGGAGCGAGGAAUCCAGACCUACCUGGUGGUCGUCCCCAAGGACCCCAUGGGGCGGAAUGCUAUCAAUGGAGUGAAGCUGUCUGUGACCUCGUCCAAUGGCAACUCUCCGUUGCUGAUCAACACCAGGGAGUGUAACGGGAGUGUGAACACAGCCUGCACCACACCUGAGGAACCAGAGGACCUGGACACACGGGUGGUGAACCCGUCCUUCCCUAACCCCCGGCGGAGGCUGAGGCUGAGGGAUCUCGCGGAGCGCGUCAUCGAUGCCCAGGAGAACGAGCAGGAGCUCAACAAGCUGCUCAACGAGGCUCUGCUGGAGAGAGAGACCAUCCAGGCCCUGAAGGGGAGACACACCAACCCUCUGUCGCUGCGCUUCGUGGACCCAGAGCUUGAGACCAGGUAUUCUGUGGAGAAGGAGAAGCAGAGCGGCGCGGCCUUCAGCUGCUCCUGUGUGGUGCUGCUCUUCACUGCAGCCAUGGAGGCCCUCAUAGACCCACAGUUGAUAGCCAACUAUGUCACCCUGGCAGUGGGAGAGAUCCUGCUGCUCAUCCUCACCAUCUGCUCCCUGGCGGCCAUCUUCCCUCGGGUGUUCCCUAAGAAGCUGGUGUGUUUCUCCACCUGGAUGGACCACACGCGCUGGGCCAGGAAUACCUGGGCCAUGGCUGCCAUCUUCAUUCUCACCAUGGCCGACAUCGUGGACAUGCUGAGCUGCGUGUCUCCGGGGAACGCCACUGUCUCUUCGGCGGCCAUCUUGUCAGGUGCGGAGGGCUGCGUUCAGAACCCAAAAUACUACAGCUACAUGUCUGUGCUGGCGCUCAUGGCGACCACCAUGCUGGUCCAGGUCAGUCACAUGGUCAAGCUUACACUCAUGCUCCUCAUCACCGUGACGACUGGCAUCGUCAACAUCUACAGCUGGAAGGACAUCUUCGACCGCUACGACAUGGCCCGUUUCCAGGACUACCGGUCGGGGCAGGUGCCCUCCAGGUACUCCACCACCUCCAUGAUCCUCGUCAUGAUGGCCAGCCUCUACUACUUCUCUCGCCACGUGGAGAAGCUGGCUCGCACGCUGUUCCUGUGGAAGAUCGAGGUCCACGAGCAGAAGGAGAAGGUGUAUGAGAUGCGGCGCUGGAACGAGGCUCUGGUCACCAACAUGCUGCCGGAACACGUGGCCAAACACUUCCUCGGUUCCAAGAAGAGGGACGAGGAGCUGUACAGCCAGUCGUACGACGAGAUCGGGGUGAUGUUUGCCUCCAUCCCCAACUUUUCAGACUUCUACACGGAGGAGAGCAUCAACAACGGGGGCAUCGAGUGCCUCCGCUUCCUCAACGAGAUCAUCUCUGACUUCGACAGCCUCCUGGACGAGUCUCAGUUCCGUUGCAUCACCAAGAUCAAGACCAUCGGCAGCACCUACAUGGCCGCCUCUGGCGUUACCCCGGACGCCAGCUAUGGAUACGCGGGUCUGAAGAAGGAGGAGCUGUGUGAGCACGAGCGCUGGCAGCACCUGGCAGACCUGGCAGACUUUGCCUUGGCCAUGAAGAUCACACUAAUGAACAUCAACUACCAGUCCUUCAACAACUUCAUGCUACGCAUAGGUCUGAAUAAGGGGGCGGUGCUGGCGGGGGUGAUUGGAGCACGGAAGCCUCACUACGACAUCUGGGGCAACACUGUGAACGUGGCGAGCAGGAUGGAGUCUACUGGGGUGAUGGGGAACAUCCAGGUGGUGGAGGACUGCUACAUCAUCCUGAAGGGGUACGGCUUCCGCUUCGUGCGGCGGGGGCCCGUGUUUGUGAAGGGGAAGGGAGAGCUGCUCACCUACUUCCUGAAGGGGCGGGACAAACAUGGCUCCUUCAUCAACGGCUCCUCCGUCACCCUACCUCACCAGGUGGUGGACAACUCCUGAUCUCACACACACACACUCCUGAUCUCACACACACACACACACACUCCUGAU